GCUGAGCAAUUCGCGUCCCGGAAGCGGCGGCGGCGGGGUAGGCGGAGGAGACUCCCCAAUUUGCGACUUCUGAGGCCCUUGGAAGAGGCUUGUCGUCGGGGUGGGGCGGGCCUGAGGAAACGCUCCUGGGCCCAGUGGCCCUUCCAGUGCUCCCUGACCGUCCCCGCCCCUCCUCUACCAACCCAGCGACCGGGCAGGAUGCAGACAUCAGAGCGUGAGGGGAGUGGGCCAGAGGUAAGCCCCAGCGUGAUGCCUGAGGCUCCCCUGGAGUCUCCACCUGCCCCUACCAAGUCCCCGGCGUUUGAUCUUUUCAACUUGGUUCUGUCCUACAAGAGGCUGGAGAUCUACCUGGAACCCCUAAAGGAUGCAGGUGACGGUGUCCGAUACUUGCUCAGGUGGCAGACACCUUUGUGUUCCUUGCUGACCUGCCUGGGCCUCAACAUCUUGUUCCUCACUUUGAAUGAAGGUGCGUGGUACUCGGUGGGUGCCCUGAUGAUUUCAGUGCCCGCCCUCCUGGGCUACCUUCAGGAGGUCUGCCGGGCACGGCUGCCUGAGUCUGAGUUGAUGCGGAGGAAGUAUCACAGCGUGAGGCAGGAGGACCUCCAGAGAGUUCGCCUGUCUCGCCCCGAGGCUGUGGCUGAGGUGAAGAGCUUCCUGAUCCAGCUGGAGGCCUUCCUGAGCCGCCUGUGCCGUACCUGCGAAGCUGCCUACCGCGUGCUGCACUGGGAGAACCCUGCCGCGUCCUCGCAGUUCUAUGGGGCUCUUCUGGGCACAGUUUGCAUGCUGUACCUGCUGCCCCUGUGCUGGGUCCUUGCCCUUUUAAACAGCACGCUCUUUCUGGGGAAUGUGGAGUUCUUCCGAGUGGUAUCUGAGUACAGGGCAUGUCUGCAGCGGCGGAUGAACCCCAAGCAGGAAGACAGUGUCUUUGAGAGCCCCCCGCUGCCAGAUGCUGGGGGAAAGUGUGCCCUGCCGGACUGCACGCCUGCGCCCACACCCACGGAGGACCUCACACCCGGAAGUGUGGAGGAGGCCGAGGAAGCUGAGCCUGAUGAGGAGUUUAAAGAUGCGAUUGAGGAGGAUGAUGAGGGUGCCCCGUGCCCAGCAGAAGAUGAGCUGGUUCUGCAGGACAACGGGUUCCUGAGCAAGAACGAGGUGCUGCGCAGCAAGGUGUCCCGGCUCACGGAGCGGCUCCGCAAACGCUACCCUACCAACAACUUUGGGAACUGUACGGGCUGCUCGGCCACCUUCUCAGUGCUGAAGAAGAGGCGAAGCUGCAGUAACUGUGGAAACAGCUUCUGCUCCCGGUGCUGCUCCUUCAAGGUGCCUAAGUCCUCCAUGGGGGCCACAGCCCCCGAAGCCCAGAGAGAGACUGUGUUUGUGUGUGCCUCGUGUAACCAGACCUUGAGCAAGUGAGAAGAGGGGCUGGGGUCCAAAGUGGGCGUCGGUCCCUGGGGCCAGCAGCAGGCCUCACCCUCCCUAGCCGCAUGUGGUGUGUGCUGGGCAAAUGUGGCCUGAACGCUAGGUAGGCGUCCCCUUCCUGUCCUCGCUGUCUCCAGCCGGAUUCUGGAGCUGUUCCCCACUCCUGCGGAGGGCUAGUAAGCGGCCGUUCUCGAAACCCAGAGGGAAGAGGAGCCCCUGGAGGGCCUGGCAUGUGUGCCCUCCUCCGCUCUGGACUGAUCAGUGGACUCAGAGCUGGGCAGGGAAUAUAAACUAGAGGGCAGGAGUGAGCUAGGCCUGGUCUCUGUAGGGUCUCUGAGCAUCAGGGCAUCUCUCCACACCUGACAGUUCUAGGAGACCAGAGAUCAGAGACUGGGAAAAGAGAUUCUUCCUCUGCUGGUUGCUGGUCCAAGCCCUUGGCCUCUGAGAGCCUGCAGAAGGGCCUGGACGUGCCGUGACCCCACUCUGCUAUGCGAACGUUCCUUCAGGCAUCAGCAUCUCCUUGUUUCUCCACCAGAGGGUAUGGCCAGGGCUAACCAGACCGAAAGUCCUUCUAGAAACAGGGUUGAAAUUUCCAUGUUCUCCCAGAGGAGGAUGUGUCUAGGAGGGCCUGUCAGAGUUCUUUAGUAUUAAGUGGGAAAAAACAUAGGGAUCCCCAGCAGCUCAAAGGGCCUCAGCCUUACCUUGCAGAAACCUUCACUAGCAGAAUCUCAGGCCACAUAUUACCCUGGUGACAGCUCCAUUGGGUAGAUGCCAGGCAUUCAGAUCACUCUUGUUUCUUUUGCUCGGAGCCUUGGGCAUCCCUCCUCUGGCACAGAGCUGCAUUUCUCUCCCUGGCCCCUUGUCCCGUGGAGUGUGAGAUAGGCAAGCAGAGCAGAGGUCCUGAAGCCCUUGACCCUUGGGGGCCUGGGAAGUGUAGGAUCUCUCUGGGCUGGGUCCUAGACUCUGGCACUGUUCCCCAGCAGGACAGUCUCACGGGUUAAGGCCACUUGAGGUCCCCAUCCUCUCCAACAGUUUUCUGUUCACUCUGGACUUUUAGGCCGUCAGUGUCUCUCCCUAAGCCUUGAGCAGGCUCAGGCACCAUUUCCCUCCCUUGGAGCUGCCCUGCCUUUUUGAAGUAUUUAUUUAUUUAUUGCAUGGUUCCUGGGAGCAGGUGGCACAAGGAAUGGAAUGAAGAAGAGUGGGGUGCUUCUGUUCUAGGAUGCUUCCCCGGAGCCACGGGCUGCCGGGGACCCAGGACCCAUGGGAGGCAAGCAGGGAUCCAAGGAGACGGGCUGGGGAGACAGAGGCCAUCUGAGGCCAGCUUUCUUGCCAGGCCAACCAGUGUAACUAGGGCCGGCAGUCGGGCCUGCUCCAGGCCGGGGAGGUGCAAGUCCCUGGGGAAGUGGGCAGGCCUUGGUAUACCCCCUUCCUCGGGCUCCUUUGUUAACAGAUGAGAGUGAAGUACCCUGUGCUUCAUUUACACUGGAGAGGAACGGAAAGGAUCUCUGUGUGUAUGGAGAAAUGUCAAUAAAAAGGCCUCAAGCUUCUUA